AUGGCUUCUAAUCUACUGUCCCCUGAAAGCACUGAGGGACCCACACGGCCACGGGCAGACAAUGUCUGUCUCUCCUGUCGCCGCAAGAAGAAGAAGUGCGACAAGGCGCUGCCCAAGUGCCUGCAGUGCAAGAAGUGGCUGUGGGCCCAGGCUCAUUUCCCUAGGUUACAUAUACAAUGUGUAUACGAAGAUGCUGCCGAGAGCGUGCCGGUAAUAGAGGAGUUCCGCCAGCUGAGGAAAAAAAUCAAGUUGUUUGAGGAGAUGCUCGUCCCUGGCACUUCCAAGGUGUCCGGACCAACCCGCUCGGCUGCAGAACCGGGCCCUCCCGAGACAGCAAGUCAAACUGAUUAUGAGGCGGAUCUCAUUUCACGCCUCGAGGGGCUUACUUCCAAGCUGAAUGUUGGCGAAGAGGUCUAUCAACUUCUUCAGUCACACCCAGGGGAGAUAUAUGGGGCAUCACAGAUCUACUUUAACAACAUCCACAAAUGGAUACCCAUCAUGUCACAAAAGUUAUUCUAUACUAGGAUGACGGAUUUCAGCAGAACGAAACGCCCGGAUUUUGCUAUUCUCUUGCUUUGCAUUCUCUUAUCGAUCCACUGCCCGGCAAGCGACACAGCACCAGAACCACUGUACAGGGCAACCCGCUCCAUAUUCUGGAGUCUAAAUGCAAGCAUAGAUGCAUCUUUGGAAAUGAUACAAGCUGGGAUACUCUUGUCUUGUUACGAGUAUGGUUUCGGCAUGGAUAAAGAAUGCUACAAAACGAUUGGCAUAUGUGUACGAAUGGGCCAUUGGAUGGAAUUGCAUAACGAGAAGCCUCCAUCAGACGACCUCCAAUAUAGCGAUGAAUGGAUCCGAAUAGCUGAGAGAUGCAAUCUCUGGUGGGCAUUGGUUAUACGAGACAGGUCAACAUUGAUGCACGAUGCUACAUUCGCCAAACCUUAUGCAAGCUGUCCGGACACAGUGCCGGAGCACCUGCCUUUUGAAUCAUUUGAUCUUGAUCCUUCAUUUUCUCGCAUUGGUGACGGCAUUAUUACCCGUGAUGCAGAACCCGGUGUAUUUGGCUAUCAAGCAAAAGCAUGGCGCUUGUUUGACAGGACGGUGGCUUUCCGCCAUCGGGUGAUAAAUUUCCAAUCUGCAGGUUAUCACGGAGAAGAAAAGUUUGAAAUAGAUAGCCAACUUCAGCAACUCAUGCGAAUACUCGUCGACCAAUCUGGCGGUGCCACCUGCGGGUAUUGUGAACCAUCUGCUAUAGUGCUCGUUUCUCUUCUCCUCUUACACAGUCGGUAUCCUUCUGUCACGGCUGAGGCUCUGCGCAAAGGCGAGGUUGCAGGCUACCCACCGCACUGUGUCCUGGCCUCAUCAUUAGCUGUCAAAACGAUUGUCCGCAUGGUUGUCGACGUGGCGCACACCAUUAAUAACCACUACCGUAAGAUUAAUAUAAUAUCGUUUCCGCCUACGUAUUGCCAUGCCAUUUAUCGGGCUACCUUGGAGCUGAUCUCCUUCCGCGACGACAUGGACAAUGCGGAGUGGACCAAGGCGCUUGAGACGCUCCGGGAAGCCACUUGGAACUACGGCAGGAGGUGGCAAGCUGCAGAUCUUGCUCUACUCUGUACAUAA